AUGGCUAUCGCUCCGAACUCCAGGCCCUACAAGAGCGGCUUCAGGGGAAAAUUCGCAGCGGCCCGGGGAAACACCUCUCUCGAAUCCGCCGUGUCUCUCACAAAAGGGCUGAGAUGGGAUAUCCAAGGUCUUGGCCAGCGAUUGGCUAGCAUCGCAUCCCAUGAAGCGUUAGGCCGCAAAGGAGCUAUUUCCACUGCGCGCCGCGCAGAAAUCAAUGCGGAAGUAAAGAUAGUAAUCAAGGACAUCCGCAAAUUAUUGGACCGGAUUGAGGAUGCUGUGCCCCUCAUCAAUCUCGCCAUCACGACCUCUGGAGCUAGUUUGUCUACUACACUACCUGCAACCGUAUCACCAUCGCGACUCCUUCAGGCGAGCACGUUCCUGACUGCUGGUGAUACUCAAUUUUCCGUUUCACCGGCUCAUGCAGUGCAGAUUGGCCCUACCUUCACCCUUUCGGUAUAUCUUCUUUUUGCGGGGCACGUCAGGCCGCAUGAUGAAGAAAGCGUUAGAAAUACAACCUGGAAGGAGGUUAUCCACAAAGCACGCCUGAAAUUACGGAGGGUUCCGAUGAGAUUACUUAACUCUCAUCCGUCUUCAUCUCUGCCGGUUACUGAUUGGCCUAGCGAUGAACAUAUUCGGAGCGGCACCAAAGGUGACGAGUUUGCUUAUCAAAUCCUCAUUAUUGAAGACUUCGAUGAUGAUCGAGUUCAUACGUUUGAUUCAGAGGAUGAAGAACCAUCUCGUUUCGAAGAUGUGGCUUUGGCCGGGAUUCGAGAAACCAUCCCUAUACAUCAGAUUUCAAAAAUAUUCUACGCGGAUACCGGCAAAAUACUUAAUAUUGGAGGCGAAGGCGAAGUUAAUCACCCUGUUUUGCUACUAAAACGUGAUAUAGAUGCAAUCCCUCCGCGAAGAAUGAUGUACGAAAGUGAGGCAGAAUACCACGAAAUGGAUGAGGAGGCAAGUGAAGGCACCUUGAGUAAUGAGGAGCAUCACGUUGAUGAUACUACAUCUGUACCGUUAACAAAAUCCGAACUGGCUGAACGCUGGCUAUUCCCGCCAGGCCUGGAUUUGGAAUGGAUUGCGUUUGAAGUUUAUAAUGAAUCUGAAACCUCCGAUUCUGAAGAUGAGCCAGAAUCUCCUGAACCAUCUCCUAGUCCCCGGGCUCCUGAUGAUAAUCUGAACAAAAAACUUUCCAAACUACAUAUUGAUGACGCAGAGCAGCUGCUCCGCUCUCAGAGUCACAUUAAUGCUCCGCAAUCUCCUUCCGGCAAUGAAACUCUAUACACUGUUUCAAACCCUCUGUUCAAUAAUAUUAAGACCUCACUGUCUCUCUUGGAAAUGCUGCUUCGACUUACAUCUCUCCAACAAUUCCAACAACAGUCUCAUCUCUCUAUCCCUGACGAGCUCCUCAACUUCUUUCUUGAAGAAUCUUCCACAACUGGUGCCGGCGGUGACGAACACCAUCGCCAACGACUUGAACACUACUCCACUAUCAAAGGGGCAUCAGGCGAACGAGGCGCGUUAUCAAAGCCGCUUUCGAAGACACUUGGACGGAUAUGGUUCCAGGCAGGCGACCGCCUCGCCAACUCCUAG